UCCAAACAAAAUUGGGUUGGAAUUGAUUUGUUUAUAAAUGGCCGCCACCGUUGCAUGAUUGAGAUAGAUUCCAAGCAUAUCGGAUACUGUACAUUUUGAUCCAUCAAACUUGGUGGUACACUGUCCAUGCAGAUAUAUGGGAGAACUAAUAAAUGUCAGCCCCGACCAGCAGGUGCUGCAACAUGUCUUCAAGCAGUAUGAUUCCUCAUGCAAAGGGGAGUUAAAUGCCAUACUGAUGCAGGCCCUCCAUGGAGACCUGAGAGUCGGAGGAAUCAGUCUACCACAGGUUGUGGCGUCAAUCAAGUAUGCAUGUGUUGGUGACCACUGUCAGCGGUCAGAACUACUCAACCUGCUACAGGAGAUGGACCGGCGGUACUACCUGGUACAAGACCUUCGCUGGGAGUUCUCAUUGAUUGACCGCCACCAGAAGGACACAAUUUCUGAGGAAGAAGCCAGGUGGAUGGUACAAACAGUUCAUGGCAAGUUUUUCUCCAGGAAGAAAUGGGAGACAUUUCUUAAGUCACGAGCGAUACCAGGAAGUGGUGUGGCCUUUGCCGAGAUAGAGGUGCUCCUGUGCAGUAUACCGAGUCGUGGCGAAAGCAGAGAUGAAGAGCUGGAGCUGGAGAGGGAGAGGGAAGAUCGACUACGCAGACAGAAAUUGCUCGAGGAAGAGAAAGACAGACUGAGGAAACAACGCGACGAUGAAAGGAGGAGACUGGAAGAGGAAAGACAGAGACAACAAAAAGAAAAGAGGAAAAAUCUUAAAGAGGAUGACGGUAAGAUAUUAACAAAUCUCUCUGUUUUAGAUAUCCAGUUUGAAUACAAUUACAAAUAUAUAAUAAAUCUUAGGAAAAGGGAAGAAGAAGAGAGACGCAGGAGGGAAGAAGAAGAGGAGCAGCGCAGAUUGCGAGAACUAGAGGAAAAGCAGAGAGAAGAGGAGGAGAGAAGGAAGAGGGAAGAAGAGGAGCUGUACAAAGAUGUAGAAACUCUAGCCAAGCGGGCAGAGGAAGAGGAGAAAAGGGCCGAGGAGGAGCUCAAGAGACACAAGAAAGAGGACGAAGAACGUGAAAGGCUGAAGCAGAAACACAGAGAGCUUAGAGACAAGAAGCUGAGAUACAACUUGAAGGUGGCCAUCAAAUCUCGGGACAAAUACCAGCUGGAGUAUAACAUCACAGAGUUCAAAAAGGACAAAGUGGAGGAUGUUGACAUGGACCUCAUGAAGGCCGAGAAACUUCUCAAGGAGCUCACCUCCAGGGACGGUUUGAAGAGAGCCAUGACAAAGCGUGAAAUUGAGGAGCUGGAGAGAGCCAUUCAAACAGUCAAGAAACAUGGGUUUGAAGUACAGCUGGCGAAGGAGCUGGCCGAGGCCAACGAGUUGCUUGUACGUCUACGACGUCUUGAGCGCAUCCGCCACGAGAUUCUGGAGCUGAAGCAGUCAACGGUGGCAGAGAUUCGUAGUUACCAGACACCUCCUCUACUGGUUCAUACCAUUAUGACUGCCACCUUCCUUAUACUGGGGCACAAGGAAAAGGAGACAAAGGACUGGAAGGCAGUCCAGGCCUUGGUCGGUAAGACCGGCAAGGAAAGUCUGAAGCGUCGUUGUCUGGAGUGUAAGCCUGAGGGUAUUGCCUUGGGCGCAGCCAAGCGAGCUAAAACCCUACUUAACAAGUUUGAACUGGACGAAGUCCGUGAUGUGUCGGCUGGAGCGGCUACAUUUUAUGUGUUUUCUACAACAAUGAUAGAGGAAGCUUUGGACCUGCAAGAGCAGAAGAAUGCUGCAGCAGAGGGCGCUAAAUAGACUUGACCGGAAGGAUUCCUGGGUAUUCUGUGAAGGGUAUCAGUGGAUCUCUAUGGAUUCUGUAGACUAUAGGUGGAUUACUAAUGAUUCUAUGAAGACUUUAUCCAUGGCUCCCUAGGGAUUCCGUGAAGACUGGAGACUGAGUGAAGACUCAUUAGAUCCUUGGGGAUUUAGUGGAGACUAUUGUUAGAUACCUCUUGAUUCUGAAUCUGACAAGACUCAAUUGACCCUUUGGGAUUCAAUGGUAUAGAUACCUCUGGAUUAUGUGAAGACUCGGUGGAUCCCAUGGAAGUUUGUGUAGACUCAUUGAAACCCUAAGGAUUCUGUAGAGACUUCAGGAUCUGUGUUAACUGACUGGAUCCCUCUGGAUUCUAUGGAGUCUCAGUGGAUCCCUCAGGAUCUGUAUAUGCUCACAUGAUCCCUCUGGGUUCUAUGGAGUCUCGGUGGAUCCCUCAGGAUCUGUAUAUGCUCACUGGAGCCCUCUGGGUUCUAUGGAGUCUAGGUGGAUACCUCAGGAUCUGUAUAUACUCACUGGAUCCCUUUG